AAAAAAGUCCAGUUUGUGCAGUUUGAAGUUGUCUGUCAGUGUGCUGAUUCAUAAGUUCGCUUUCGAGCAAAUUUCCGGAGCGAUUGUAUUUAUGCGUUAGCGAAAAUAGGCAGAAAGAAAAUGGUGUUGGCGGAGAAAAAUACGGAGAACGUUAGAAAUGGACGGAGGAGUCGAGGGCCGAGUCCCAACGGACAUGUUCAGGAGUCCACAAGCGAAGAUGAAAGCUCAGUUCCAGUAGAUAAAAUAAGGGUCGGUAGGGAUUAUCAGGCCACAUGUCCGGAAUUGCAACCCGAAGCCCUCAGAAAACCCGAACUUUUGGCCGACAGGGCUCUUUUAGUGUGGUCUCCAACGGAAACCAUACCUGAGACAAAAUUGGAGGAUUACAUUAUUUUGGCCAAAGAUAAGUACGGUUACAAUGGGGAGCAGGCUUUGGGGAUGUUAUUCUGGCACAAACACGACCUUGAGAGGGCUGUUCUCGAUUUGGCCAACUUCACACCAUUCCCUGACGAGUGGUCUGUUGAAGACAAGGUCCUUUUUGAACAGGCUUUCCAGUUCCACGGUAAAAGUUUUCACAGGAUAAGGCAGAUGCUACCCGACAAAAGCAUAGCAAGUUUGGUGAAAUACUACUACAGUUGGAAGAACACUCGUUCGCGUACAAGCUUGAUGGACAAACAGGCGAGAAAAUUGAACACACAGAAGGAAGACGGGGCCCCCUCGGAGGCUGGAUCCGAGGUGGGAUCAAACGAGGAGUCGGAUCAUGACGAAAAGAUCCAGGUGAACAAGCAGAACGUGAGCUCGCUGAAGCGCAAGCAUUCGGACUCGAUCGAGGAGCUGCGUCCGGCUAGCGCGCCGGACGGCCAGACGCGGGUCAACGCGCGCUGGACCAACGAGGAGCUGCUGUUGGCGGUGCAGGGCGUGCGGAAGUACGGCAAGGACUUCAAGUCGAUCGCCGAGGUGCUCGGCAACAAGACCGAGGCGCACGUGCGGACGUUCUUCGUCAACCACCGCAAGCGCUACAACUUGGACACGGUGCUGAAGGAGUGGGAGAAGGACAACGGCCCCAUCUCCGUCGACGACGACAAAGACAACGACGUCAUUUGUUUGUCGCCCACUCCGCCCAAGAACGGCAAGGUGGCGCAAGCCGCCAAAUGAUGACGUCGUCCGCAAACUUGUUUUCUAAGGAGGUAGUAGUAUCACUUUUUUUUGGUAUACGAAAUUUUCGUUCGACUCAGGACUAAUAGGAUCGCGUGCGCCUUUAUUAUUUUUUCUUUGUUUAAGCGGGACAGUCCACUGUUAAACGUUUUAAAUCAAUUAUUUUUGUCUUCCCACACUUCACACUGUUUAUUCUAACGUCAUCAUCAUAUAAUAAAC